GACCCCGGAGGUCCCGCCCCCGGGCGCGCGCCCACCCUCGCGCCACGUGCUCUCUCCGGAGGGCGGUGACGUGGGCCGAGCCGAGAAGAUGUUUCUGCUGCCUCUUCCGGCUGCCGCGCGAGUCGCGCUCCGCCGCCUGGGAGUGAGACGUCUCUGGGAUCGGGGUCUCUCCACCGCAGACAUGACGAAGGGUCUUGUUUUAGGAAUUUAUUCCAAAGAUAAAGAUGAUGACACACCACAGUUUACAAGUGCAGGAGAGAAUUUUAAUAAGUUGGUGGCUGGAAAGCUGAGAGAAAUGUUGACCGUAUCUGGACCUCCUCUGAAGGCAGGCAAAACCCGAACCUUCUAUGGUCUACAUGAGGACUUCCCCAGUGUGGUGGUGGUCGGCCUUGGCAAGAGAUCAGCUGGAGUUGAUGACCAGGAGAACUGGAACGAAGGCAAAGAAAACAUCAGAGCUGCUGUUGCAGCGGGAUGCAGGCAGGUUCAAGACCUGGAGCUGCCUUCAGUGGAGGUGGAUCCCUGUGGAGAUGCUCAGGCUGCUGCAGAAGGAGCAGUGCUUGGUCUCUAUGAGUUUGAUGACCUAAAGCAGAAAAAGAAGGUGGCUGUAUCAGCGAAGCUCUAUGGAAGUGGCGAUCAGGAGGCCUGGGAGAGAGGGGUCCUCUUUGCUUCUGGGCAAAACUUGGCCCGCCUGCUGAUGGAGUCUCCAGCCAAUGAGAUGACACCAACCAGAUUCGCUGAAAUUAUUGAAAAAAAUCUCAAAAGUGCCAGUAGUAAAACAGAGGUCCAUAUCAGACCCAAGUCUUGGAUAGAGGAACAAGAAAUGGGCUCGUUCCUUAGUGUGGCCAAGGGAUCUGAAGAACCACCAGUCUUCCUGGAAAUCCACUACACAGGCAGCCCCAAUGCAAGUGAAGCGCCCCUGGUGUUUGUGGGGAAGGGAAUUACCUUUGACAGUGGAGGUAUCUCCAUCAAGCCUUCUGCAAAUAUGGACCUCAUGCGGGCUGACAUGGGAGGAGCUGCAACAAUAUGCUCGGCCAUUGUGUCUGCAGCAAAGCUCAAUUUGCCUAUUAAUAUCAUAGGUUUGGCCCCUCUUUGUGAAAACAUGCCUAGUGGCAAGGCCAACAAACCAGGCGAUGUUGUCAGAGCCAGGAAUGGGAAGACCAUUCAGGUUGAUAACACUGAUGCUGAGGGGAGGCUCAUCCUGGCCGAUGCACUCUGUUAUGCACACACCUUCAAUCCCAAGGUCAUCAUCAAUGCUGCCACCUUAACAGGUGCCAUGGACAUAGCCCUGGGAUCAGGUGCCACUGGAGUUUUUACCAAUUCAUCCUGGCUAUGGAACAAACUAUUUGAGGCUAGCAUAGACACUGGGGACCGAGUCUGGAGGAUGCCUCUGUUUGAACAUUAUACAAGACAAGUUGUAGACUGCCAGCUUGCUGAUGUCAAUAACAUUGGAAAAUACCGAUCUGCAGGUGCAUGUACAGCCGCUGCAUUCCUGCGGGAGUUUGUGACUCACUCGAAAUGGGCACAUUUAGACAUAGCAGGUGUGAUGACCAACAAAGAUGAGGUCCCGUACCUGCGCAAAGGCAUGAGUGGGCGGCCCACGAGGACCCUGAUUGAGUUCCUACUUCGCUUCAGUAAAGACAGCUCUUAGUUCAAUCACUAA